CAAGAAGUGGGGUGAAAAGCGGACCGACCUGAUCGGGGGGUGUAGUGGGCGGACCGCGCGGCUAGAGGUGUGGGGAUCUGAUCCCGGGAGUGGGGGGGCGAAGGCGGCUCCUGCGAUCCAAAGGGACUUGAGACUCUCCUGCCGCGUGCCAUGAGGGCCCUGUGGGUGCUGGGCCUCUGCUGCGUCCUGCUGACCUUCGGGUCUGUCCGAGCUGACGAUGAAGUCGAUGUGGAUGGAACAGUAGAGGAGGACCUGGGUAAAAGCAGAGAAGGCUCAAGGACAGACGAUGAAGUGGUACAGAGAGAGGAAGAAGCUAUACAGUUGGAUGGAUUAAAUGCAUCACAAAUUAGGGAACUUCGAGAAAAAUCUGAAAAGUUUGCCUUCCAAGCUGAAGUUAACAGGAUGAUGAAACUUAUCAUCAAUUCAUUAUAUAAAAAUAAAGAGAUUUUCCUUAGAGAACUGAUUUCUAAUGCUUCUGAUGCUUUGGAUAAGAUCAGGCUAAUAUCACUAACUGAUGAGAACGCGCUUUCUGGAAAUGAAGAACUAACUGUGAAAAUUAAGUGUGACAAGGAGAAAAACCUGCUGCAUGUCACAGACACUGGUGUAGGAAUGACCCGAGAGGAGCUGGUCAAAAACCUUGGUACCAUAGCCAAAUCUGGGACAAGCGAGUUUCUGAACAGAAUGACGGAGGCCCAGGAAGAUGGCCAGUCAACCUCCGAGCUGAUUGGCCAGUUUGGUGUUGGUUUCUAUUCUGCCUUCCUCGUAGCAGAUAAAGUUAUUGUCACAUCAAAACACAACAAUGAUACCCAGCACAUCUGGGAAUCAGACUCCAAUGAAUUUUCUGUAAUUGCUGACCCAAGAGGAAACACCCUAGGACGGGGAACGACAAUUACGCUUGUCUUGAAAGAAGAAGCUUCUGAUUACCUCGAACUGGAUACGAUUAAAAAUCUUGUGAAAAAGUACUCCCAGUUCAUCAACUUCCCAAUUUAUGUAUGGAGCAGCAAGACAGAGACUGUUGAAGAGCCCAUGGAAGAGGAAGAAGCAGCAAAGGAAGACAAAGAGGAGACUGAUGAUGAAGCUGCAGUGGAGGAAGAAGAGGAGGAGAAGAAGCCAAAAACUAAAAAGGUUGAAAAAACUGUUUGGGAUUGGGAACUUAUGAAUGACAUCAAACCAAUAUGGCAGAGACCAUCUAAAGAAGUAGAAGAAGAUGAAUACAAAGCUUUCUACAAAUCAUUUUCAAAGGAAAGCGAUGACCCCAUGGCUUAUAUCCACUUCACUGCUGAAGGGGAAGUGACCUUCAAGUCGAUUUUAUUUGUGCCCACAUCUGCUCCACGUGGUCUGUUUGAUGAGUAUGGCUCUAAGAAGAGUGAUUACAUUAAGCUGUAUGUGCGCCGUGUAUUCAUCACCGAUGACUUCCAUGACAUGAUGCCUAAGUACCUCAAUUUUGUCAAGGGCGUGGUGGACUCAGAUGAUCUUCCGCUGAAUGUCUCACGUGAGACUCUACAGCAGCAUAAACUACUCAAGGUAAUUAGGAAGAAGCUUGUCCGCAAGACUCUGGACAUGAUCAAGAAGAUUGCUGAUGAGAAAUACAAUGAUACUUUUUGGAAAGAGUUUGGUACCAACAUCAAGCUUGGUGUGAUUGAAGAUCACUCAAAUCGAACCCGUCUUGCUAAACUUCUUAGAUUCCAGUCUUCUCAUCAUGCAACCGAUAUUACUAGUCUAGACCAGUAUGUGGAAAGAAUGAAGGAAAAACAAGACAAGAUCUAUUUCAUGGCUGGGUCCAACAGAAAAGAGGCUGAGUCUUCUCCAUUUGUUGAGCGACUCCUGAAAAAGGGCUAUGAAGUUAUUUACCUCACAGAACCUGUGGAUGAAUACUGCAUUCAGGCUCUUCCUGAGUUUGAUGGGAAGAGGUUUCAGAAUGUUGCCAAGGAAGGAGUGAAGUUUGAUGAAAGUGAGAAAACAAAGGAGAGUCGUGAAGCAACUGAGAAGGAAUUUGAGCCUCUGCUCAACUGGAUGAAAGAUAAAGCCCUUAAGGACAAGAUUGAAAAGGCUGUGAUUUCACAACGCCUGACGGAGUCUCCCUGUGCUCUUGUGGCCAGCCAAUAUGGAUGGUCUGGCAACAUGGAGAGGAUCAUGAAGGCACAGGCAUACCAAACUGGCAAGGAUAUCUCCACAAAUUAUUAUGCCAGUCAGAAGAAAACAUUUGAAAUAAAUCCCAGGCAUCCACUGAUCAGAGACAUGCUUCGACGAAUUAAGGAAGAUGAAGAUGACAAAACAGUUUUGGAUCUAGCAGUGGUUUUGUUUGAAACAGCAACUCUCCGAUCAGGGUAUCUUCUACCAGACACCAAAGCCUAUGGAGAUAGGAUAGAAAGAAUGCUUCGCCUCAGUUUGAACAUUGACCCUGAAGCCAAGGUGGAGGAAGAGCCAGAAGAAGAACCAGAAGACACAGCAGAAGACGCAGAUCAGGACACAGAGCAGGAUGAAGAGGAAGAGAUGGAUGCAGGAACGGAUGAAGAAGAACAAGAAACAGCAGAGAAAUCUACAGCUGAAAAGGAUGAAUUGUAAGUGAUACACUCACCAUGGACCCUGUGUGGAGAGGGAAUGUGAAAUGUUUAAGUCAUUUCUUUUGAGAGAGACUUGUUAUGGACCCCCACCCCCACCACCCCUCAUCCCUGCACUGUAAAAUGUUGGAAGAAGUGGGUUUUUUAGUUGAAUUUUUUUUAACAUUCCUCAUGAAUGUAAAUUUGUACUAUUUAACUGACUAUUCUUGGUGUAAAAUCUUGUCAUGUGUAUAAAAAUAAAAAAGAUCCCAAAUA